AUGACUUUCUUAUCUUUUAUUUACACAAUUUAUUUGCUUGAUAAUUUUAGUUUGCUGCAAGACAUCAGCUCCCACCAGAGACUGAUCGACUCUGUCAUUGAGAAAGCACAAGCCGUACUGAAAAGCACCACCAACCCUGAAGUGGCCGACUUCAUCACCAAUGUGAGCUCCAGAUAUGAAAAACUCAAUCUGGAUGCAAAGAACCUGAUCCAGAGAAGCGAGCACCACGUGGUGCUGCACCAACAGUUCCAGGACAGCAUGCAGGCCGCCGUGGACUGGAUGGCCCUGAUGAAGGACAAGCAGACUCUGUGUGCAGACACCACGGGGGACAGACACACCAUACAGAACAAGCUGGACAGACUGCAUGAGCUGAUCACAUGCAUGCCAGAGGGUGGCAGCAAGCUGAAAGAGUGCGACAACCAAGCCCAGGUCACCAUGGACACCACGGGCCUGAAGGGGCGACAGAACAUCCAGCAAGAGCUGGAGGUCCUGCGCCUGGACUGGGAGGACUACUCCAGCCGACUGACCUCCCUGCGCGACAGCCUGGAGCAGGCCCUGCACUACUGGAGCCUGUACGAGAGCAGCUACCAGCAGAUGUCUGGCUGGCUCAAGGCCAUGGAGAAGCAGGUGAAGGAGUGUCCGCUGAGGUCAUCGCUGGAGGAGAAGCAGGAGCAGCUGGCCAAGUACCAGGCUUUCCAGGAAGAUCUCGAUGAUAAUGAACAGGAAAUUUGUCAAGUUGUCACUCAAGGAGAGUUGCUGCAGGAGAUCCGUGGUCAGCAGAAGGAGGUGGACAAGUUCAGCGACGAGGCCCAGACGCUGCAACAGUUGACGUCGGAGUCGCGAGUGGGGAACUUUGUCUCACAGCUGGCCUCACGCUACCAGGCUUUGCUCAGCUCCGGCAAGGAACUGAUAAAACGCUGUGAGCAGAAUGUGGAAGACCACAAACUGUACAAGGACAAACUGACCGACAGUGGUCAGUGGCUUGAGAAGGCCCAGAAGAAGUUUGCCCAGUGCUCAGAGACAGGUGGCUCCCGGGCUGAGCUGGAGACGAGACUGGACAAAGUACAGGACCUUGUUCGUGAAAGAGACGCCGGCUUCUCCAAGCUGAACCAGUGUGUGGAGGCCGGGGAGCGACUGUACCCGAGCACGGCACCGGACGGUCGGGAGGUCAUUAGACAGGAGCUGCGUAAACUCAAACUGGGUUACGAGAGUAUGUUUGACGAGCUGAGCAACGUGCAGCGUAAACUGGAGGUGUCCAUGGUACAGUGGACCUCGUUUGAUGAGAGCUAUGGUCAGGUGGAGCACUGGCUGAGACAGAUGGAGUCCCAGCUGGAAGGACAAAUCCCCCUGAGGGCAACGCUGGAGGAGAAGAAGACACAGUUCCACAACUACAAGGCUCUCCAACAAGACGUGCUGUCCUACCAGAGGGUCAUUGAGAGCAUCAACGACAAGGCCAACAGCCUGGUACAAGCCAGCAGUGACCCCGAGCUCACCAAGUUCAUCUCACAGACUGGAGCACGUUACAAGAAGCUCUGUGCUGCUGCUAAAGAGCGUGUGAGCCAGUAUGAACAGUUUGUCAACGACCACCAACAAUACAAUGACAUGUACAAUGCCUGUGUGGACUGGCUCAAUGCCAUCAGGGAAAAACUGUCAGCCUGUUCGGACGUGUCUGGUGACCGCCAUGCCAUUCAGAGUCGGCUGGACAAGAUACAGUUCUUGCCCUCGGAUGGCUACAAACCUUCCCAAAUUAUAACGUCACGUUUACAUGACAUUCUGGCCACCAAGAUGGAGGGGGAGCCCAAGGUGAAGCAGGUCCUGGAGCUAUCGGAGCAGGUCCUCCCACACACGGCUCCUCAAGGUCGGGACAUCAUCACACGGGACACGGACGCCCUCAAAGCUGACUGGGAGGCCUUCAUCAGGGCACUUGCCAAGACCAAAAGUGACCUUGAGUCAUGCAUGGACCAAUGGAAAGGCUUUGAGUCAUGGCACGAACGUUGCGGAGCCUGGCUGAAAGACCUGGAGUCUCGUCUGCGUGAUGUCGACCUCCGCGCCACACUGCCGGAAAAACAGACUCAGCUGGAUAAGCUCAAGGCUCUCCAGACAGAAGUUGCCAACCACCAGAGCGACCUUGACUCUCUGAGCGAUGCAGCCCAGGACUUGGUGCGGGUCAGCGCUGACUCACGUGUGGUCAGCCAAGCAUCUCAGUUGACCACAAAGUAUCAGUCUGCAACCAUUAAUCUCAAGGAGCUGUGCCGUCGGUGGGAGCAGUACGUGCUUGACCACCAGGCUUACAUGGAGUCAUUUGACCAGUGCCGAGCCUGGCUGGCACAGAUGAAGGACAAAGUGGCCAGAGUGGUGGACACCAGUGGUGAUAAGUCCACAGUACAGGACAGGCUGGGCCAGGUCCAGGAGUUGCUGAACGAGAAGGAGGAGGGGAUGCACAUGCUACAGAUCACGCUGGACAACCUUCAGAUGGUGCUGCCCAACACCUCGGUGUCAGGCCGCGACAACAUGCGCCGGGACAUGCAGACGCUGCAGCAGGAGUACGACGCCCUCUCGGCCGAGCUCAACGAAGCGAAGACGCAGCUGGAUGGCACGCUGGCGCAGUGGACCGUCUACGAUGACAGCGUGGAGCAGUUGCAGAGGUGGCUCAAGGAUCUGGAAGGGCAGGUGGCUGCCGACUCUCAGAAGCAGAACACCCUGCAGGAGAAGAAGCUUCAGCUGGAGAGGGUGAAGGUUCUCCAACUGAACAUCUCCAGUCAACAGAGCACCAUCGACAGUCUCAAUGAGAAAGGGCUGAGUCUGAAGCGUACUAGCCGCGACGGCAACCUCGGAGCACAGAUCGCACAUGUAGUCGAUCGCUACGAGAAACUGGUGCAGAGGGCAAAGGAACUGAACGAGUCUUGUGAGAAGAACCUGCGGGAUCACCAGACAUACCGCGACACAUACAUGGACACGUCUGAUUGGCUGGGCUCGGCCAUGGACAAGCUUGGUCUGUGCAGCGAUGUGAGGGGAGACAGGCAUGCUAUUGAGGCACAGCUGCACAAGGUUGAGGAAAUCGCUGUAACGAGUGAAGUUGGGAACUGA